AUGGCACCCAUUGCUAUCACUCCUCCACCCGUCGAGCCUAAGCGGGCUCGGCCAGGUAUGCUGCGCGCCAAUACAGCCAACAUGGGUACGAAGAGAAAGAUCAUCUGCUUCUCAGACUUUGACGGCACCAUUUUCAUGCAAGAUACCGGUCACACCCUCUUUGACAACUUUGGUUGUGGCCCAGAAAGGAGGAAAAUUCUGGCGAAGCAACUAGAGUCCGGAGAACGGUCAUUUCGUGAAGUCUCAGACGAGCUCUACGCCUCACUAGAUGUACCAUUCGAAGACGGCUUCGAGGUCAUGAAAACAGCCCUGGACAUCGACCCUGACUUCCAGACCUUCCACGAGUUCUGUGUCAACAACAAUAUUCCUUUUAAUGUCAUCUCGGCUGGGCUCAAGCCUGUAUUGCGGAGAGUCCUCGAUCACUUCAUUGGAGAGGAAAUGAGCAAACAUAUUGAAAUUGUGGCCAACGAUGCCAAAAUUGCCGAUGAUGGCAGCAAAUGGGAAGCAGUUUGGAGACACGACACUGAGCUCGGUCACGACAAAGCCCGGUCAAUAAACGAGUACAAGGCAGCAGCGCGAUUGGAGAGCGACAAUGGCACAAUACCGAUGAUCAUCUUCGUUGGUGAUGGCGUCUCAGACCUUUCAGCAGCACGUGAAGCCGAUGUCCUUUUUGCUCGCCGAGGGCUGAAGCUGGAGGAGUACUGCAUUGAACAUGGCCUCUCAUACAUCCCCUUCGAUACGUUCGCCGACAUCCAAAAGGAACUCAUCAAGAUUGCUAAGGUCGAUGAAGAGAAGACACACGGCCGAGGUCUGCCAUCCAACUUCAACCCUCGCGCCAACAUGUGGAGGAGGGUCAGCAGCCGGGCUGCCGUGCCUGUGUUUACUGCCCUCAGCCCGCACAAGGAAGAGAAGGCCUUCUUGUGGCCAAACACUUUCACCCAGCCAGCCACGGUCGCGAACAAAGACCAAGUAAAGACCGCCCUUGCAGCGCCGGUGGCAUAG